AUGGAUAAUUCUGUAACAACCGUCCGAUACAAUGUUUCACCAGCCUACACGGAACAAGAAGGACAAAUGCCAUAUCCAGAAAGCUACGAAUCAGCAAAAGACAUUUUACAGACGUACGUUGUCCCUGUCAUUAUAAUCACUGGACUGAUAGGCAAUACAAUCAGCUUUGUCGUGUUCCUGGCCUCGCCACUGAAGCGGAUCUCAACGAGCCUGUACCUAGCAGCACUUGCUUUCUCGGACUCCGGCUUCCUUGUAUGUUUAGGUAUCGGAUGGUUGGAAUCAUUAGAUAUUCGAUUGUUUCAUAAAGAGGGUAUCUGCCAGAUUACAGUUUACGCAUCAUUUGUCUUCAGUUUUACGUCGAUAUGGUUUGUAAAUGCGUUCACACUGGAAAUGUACAUCGCCGUUUUUCACACAAGAAAAAGCCCCAAACUAUGUGUUCCAAAGACAGCCAGAAAGAUUGUUGGUGUACUGACUUUGAUUGCGGCGGCAAUAUAUAUAUAUUCUUUCUGGAUCGCGAAACUUGUUGAGACGUCUAGAUCUUCGAACAAAGUGUGUCUAAUCAUUCCUGAGGACGCGAAAUCGGCCAUGAUAUUUUCAGUAUUUGACACAAUUCUAACGCUUGUGGUGCCGUUCACAAUGAUUAUCAUCAUGAUGGGGCGUUUGUUGGUCCACAUAUCCAGAUUCUACAGCACUGAGCUCGAGAGUGGACCGAGUUCUACAGUAAUGGAAACAAAUGGCGAAGAGUCGACGGCACAUCCAGCGGUUCGGCAGGCUAGUGAGGCACAUUCAAAGUUAACUCGAAUGCUGGUAGUGACAGUCGUUGUUUUUCUGGUACUCAAUCUACCUAGCCAUGCUAUAAAGGUCCAGUUCCUCAUCCGGUCCCUUCUUUCCCCGGAAGUCCAAUUUACGGAAACAGAAGGUUUCAUGCAGGUUGUGUUUCAAAUACUGUAUUAUGCGAACUUUUCUGUGAACUUUGUCCUCUACAGUGCAUGUGGCCGCAGUUUUAGAGGGGCAAUAAUCCGAAUGACAAUCAACCUUCGAUACGGUUCGUGCUUUGAGCGUUGUAGCUGCCGGAAGUUAGUUCAAACUAUUACUAAAACUGCCAAAACAACGAAGGAGACUAAUGAUGAAUCUCGGCACGUUGCCGGACAACAACAUUCUAGAUUGGUGGACAUACAUCUGGAUGAAAUUCGAUUUUCACAGCUUCCGUCGAUAGACAGUCAAUUCAUUUGUCAAUCUCCACCAUGCUUGUUGGCAUUUGAGUCGGAGCACUUGAUGGAGCAGCAAGGAUUUCAAUAA